GAGAGAAGGAUGUGCUUUUCUCCCCCUUAAUCUACAAACAGGGAAGCUGGGAAGGGAGGACAGGAUUUGGGGCGAGGUGGGGGGGAUGAAAGGAAAGUAGGGGAGUGCCCCCCUCCCCCUUCCUUCUGUUGAAGGACUGAGACUUGAACCGAGGCCCCAGUUCCGCGCCUCUCUCUGCGAGUUCAGGGUUUUCCCUGGCAAGAAUCCCUGGGGCGCUUUUGACUCCACGCUCCUUUGUGUGGAGAAUCAAAGAGGGAGUCCAUGGAAGGGUUAAAGGAGGCGAGAGAGGCCUGAAUAGAGACCCCCCCCCCCCAUCUCCCUCCUCUCCUCCCUCCCUCCCCUUCUGUCGAGGCUCCUCCGGAUGGAGUGGUGGGAGCACUUGGGAGCAAUUCGGCAAGAAGGAAAACAAUUUCUCUCUCCCCCACCCCCGUCGAAAAAGGACAAUGGAGAAGGCAGUCAAAAUUAUGGUGGGCCUUGUCCAAUGGGAAUAACAAAGAAAUCGUUUAAAUACAUGGAGUGUGGAAAGAGCUUCACUGACAGUGGAAAACUUAAAAUUCAUCAACAGACUCACACGGGGGAGAAACCAUUUCAAUGUAUGGAGUGUGAAAAGAGCUUCAGUCAGAGUGCACACCUUAGAAUUCAUCAACGGACUCACACGGGGGAGAAACCAUUUAAGUGCAUGGAAUGUGGAAAGAGCUUCAGUCAGAGUGGAGACCUUAGAAAACAUCACCGGACUCACAUGGGGGAGAAACCAUUUAAAUGCAUGGAAUGUGGAAAGAGCUUCACUGAUAGUGGAACACUUAGAAUUCAUCAACGGAGUCACACGGGGGAGAAACCAUUUCAAUGCAUGGACUGUGGAAAGAGCUUCAGUCAGAGUGGACACCUUAAAAUUCAUCAACGGACUCACACAGGGGAGAAACCAUUUAAAUGCAUGGAAUGUGGAAAGUGCUUCAGUGAGAGUGGAAGCCUGAAUUUACAUCAUCAGACUCACACAGGGGAGAAACCAUUUAAGUGCAUGGAAUGUGGAAAGAGCUUCAGUGGUAGUGGACACCUUAGAAGCCAUCAACGGACUCACACGGGAGAGAAACCAUUUCAAUGCAUCGAGUGUGGAAAGAGCUUCAGUGAGAGUGGACACCUUAGAAUUCAUCAACGGAGUCACACGGGGGAGAAACCAUUUAAGUGCAUGGAAUGUGGAAAGAGCUUCAGGAGGAGUGGACACCUGAAUUUACACCACCAGACUCACACGGGGGAGAAACCAUUUCAAUGCAACGAGUGUGGAAAGAGCUUCAGUCAGAGUGGACACCUUAGAAUUCAUCAACGGACUCACACGGGGGAGAAACCAUAUAAAUGCACAGAGUGUGGAAAGAGCUUCAGUCAGAGUGGAGACCUUAGAAAACAUCAACGUACUCACACGGGGGAGAAACCAUAUAAUUCCAAGGAAUGUGGAAAGAGCUUCACUGACAGUGGAAAACUUAAAAUUCAUCAACAGACUCACACGGGGGAGAAACCAUUUCAAUGUAUGGAGUGUGAAAAGAGCUUCAGUCAGAGUGCACACCUUAGAAUUCAUCAACGGACUCACACGGGGGAGAAACCAUUUAAGUGCAUGGAAUGUGGAAAGAGCUUCAGUCAGAGUGGAGACCUUAGAAAACAUCACCGGACUCACAUGGGGGAGAAACCAUUUAAAUGCAUGGAAUGUGGAAAGAGCUUCACUGAUAGUGGAACACUUAGAAUUCAUCAACGGAGUCACACGGGGGAGAAACCAUUUCAAUGCAUGGACUGUGGAAAGAGCUUCAGUCAGAGUGGACACCUUAAAAUUCAUCAACGGACUCACACAGGGGAGAAACCAUUUAAAUGCAUGGAAUGUGGAAAGUGCUUCAGUGAGAGUGGAAGCCUGAAUUUACAUCAUCAGACUCACACAGGGGAGAAACCAUUUAAGUGCAUGGAAUGUGGAAAGAGCUUCAGUGGUAGUGGACACCUUAGAAGCCAUCAACGGACUCACACGGGAGAGAAACCAUUUCAAUGCAUCGAGUGUGGAAAGAGCUUCAGUGAGAGUGGACACCUUAGAAUUCAUCAACGGAGUCACACGGGGGAGAAACCAUUUAAGUGCAUGGAAUGUGGAAAGAGCUUCAGGAGGAGUGGACACCUGAAUUUACACCACCAGACUCACACGGGGGAGAAACCAUUUCAAUGCAACGAGUGUGGAAAGAGCUUCAGUCAGAGUGGACACCUUAGAAUUCAUCAACGGACUCACACGGGGGAGAAACCAUAUAAAUGCACAGAGUGUGGAAAGAGCUUCAGUCAGAGUGGAGACCUUAGAAAACAUCAACGUACUCACACGGGGGAGAAACCAUAUAAUUCCAAGGAAGCGGACAGAGGUUCAGUUGAAGUGGAAGUCUUACAAACCAUCAAAAGACUCUGAGGGGUAAGAGCUGUAAGAGUGGAAACUCUACAAGCCAUCAAUUAAAGAAGAGAAAUGGUUUAAAUAGAAGGAUUGUAGAUUCUGCUUUGGUUAUUAUGGAACACUUUUUAGAGUGUAGAAUCUGUUUCUCUACGAGUUGACAAUUUCUCUCACAUCAAUAACAGGAAAUCAAUAUUAAAUGCAUGCAUCGUAUGUGAGCUGUUGUUUGUAUGUAACAUUGUCUACACUUGUUUUUAAAGUAAUGAGGGUAACAUUUCAGAAAAGUAAGCAUAAUAUAAUACUUAAUGUAGUGUUAGAUAGGGAGGGGAGUGUGUGCGUCUGGAGUGUUGCUUCUGAAUGAGGAUUGACUGAGAGUGAGAUGGUUUUGGUGUUUGGUGGAGGGAGUUGGAAAUGUUUGUAUGUGGGAAUGGAGAGUUGCACAAAGUGGAACUGAGAUUGGUGGUGUUGCUUUGGAAGCAGAGUUAGAUUAGCAUAACUCCCACUGUUAUAAUUGCAAUAAUGGAACCAUGAAGACACAGAAAGAUUGAAAGCACCUACUUAUAUGCCCAAGGUAACCUUGAAACCCUCAUCUGUUGUUUUGAUAUACUGUAUAGAUAUAUUGUGCAUAGGUACGUUUUGUGGCAGGAGAAAUAAAAGGGAUAUUUAGUGGCAUAACAAGGAAAGGCUCUGUUCCUAGCUGCACGUCUUGCAUGAGGAGGGAAGGGGGCACAGGCAAGAAGGGGCCGUACCAGAGCAUCUCAAAGCAGUGGGGGGGUGGCGCACAGUGACACAAGUGUGUGUAGAAUGCUACCCCCAAAAUGACACAAGGGAGAAACAAUAAUGUGGAAGCAGGCAGGUCCGAAACCAAGAGUGCUAAGGGUCAACUUCUUCCAAAUCCACCAGCUGCCCCAAGGCAGGAGCCACCUCUGGGCCCUGAGGGUGGAAAGCCUCCCUCCAGCUUUGCAAGUGGAGAUGCUCCUAGGAAAUCCUCCUGCCAGCAGACCACAAUGCGUAUUAUUGAAGGGCUUCUGGUUUGCUUCUGAUCUGAAUGGCGGUGUGAUCUGUGUUGUCUUAACAAAGGCAAUCUUUUCGUGGCUUUUGUCCAGCCUGCUGCUGGAUGUGCCUCAAUCUAUAAAACAGUGUUGGGGAGGCUGCCUUUCUUUUUUGGUGGGGAGAAGAUAGUUGUCCCCAGGUAACUGCUCAGUGUCCCAGUAAGGCUGCUUUGGGGGGGGGGGGAGCACUCCUCUCUGGUUCCUCUCAGGCAGCAAAUGUCUUCGCCCCCCCCCCAAUGGCUGGCUCCACAACUGCGCUUCAAAGAGGAUCUUUCAAUGCAAACAUUGGGAGGCGUCUCCCAACAGCAACCCUUGUCUACUGUUAACAGAAAAUCUGAGGGCUCCCUUGGACAAAACAAGACCCCAACCAAGCAUAUCAGAGCAAAACAGCAGCCAGUAGGCUUGGCCUUUAUUAAAGAAAGUACUGUCGCGACAGGGCCCCACCUGCAACAAGGUGAAGCAAGAUGGAGACCCUGAACAAAGGGGGUCUUCCCUUUUUAUUAGCAUCCCACCACCAAGGUACACCCCUAAAGAUACACCACUAAUAUGUCACUAAUAUGUCAUUGAUACAUCACAAAAAGUAGGGGUCCAGAGGUAGAAAUUUGAGUACCUGGCCAGCUGCUCCUGGCCUCUUCUUGCCCCCUCCCUGUUACAUUCCACAGGACAAAGAGAAGUUUCACAGUCAUUAUGAAGGUGAUAGCUGUUCUUUGAUUAGAUCCUGAGUCAAUCCAAUGUCUCUCAAAGCAAAGAAAUGUUGGAAUUAUGAAAAUCCACCACAGUAGUGAUUUUAUAUGAAUUUCCAUACCUUUCUACUGAAUAAAAGGAGACUAAAAGGCGCUGUGAGUUAAACCACAGAGCCUAGGGCUUGCUGAUCAGAAGGUCAGCAGUUCGAAUCCCUGCGACGGGGUGAGCUCCCGUUGCUCAGUCCCAGCUCCUGACAACCUAGCAGUUCGAAAGCACCUCAAAGUGCAAGUAGAUAAAUAGGUACUGCUACUGCGGGAAGGUAAACAGCGUUUCCAUGUGCUGCUCUGAUUCGCCAGAAUCGGCUUAAUCAUGCUGGCCACAUGACCUGGAAACUGUACACCGGCUCCCUUAGCCAAUAACGUGAAAUGAGCACCGCAACCCCAGAGUCUGUCACGACUGGACCUAAUGGUCAGGGGUCCCUUUUGUUAGGAUUCCGUUCCACCUCAAGAGGAACAGGCAUGUAAAGUGUUGCUGUGUGUCACAUGAUUGUACACUUCCGUUUUGCGCUUUUUGUAUUUGCUAUGCAGUACGCACUUGCUAUGCUUAUGCUGAUGAAGAAAGACACGUUUGGUCUUGCUGAAUAAAUGCUUGUAAAUAUGCAAGAGAACGUUUCUGUGUCUCCUCUUGUUGCUGCUGCUGCCAACCACGCUAAACGCUGGAGUGGACUCUGCAGAUAACGUGUCCAAGUUCACAGAGAAAUUGGACCGAUUCCAGUUGGCUACACUGGAGGGAGAAGACACCUGGCAGAUGCUAACCGGGGGGCUUGGAGGCCAGGUCUUCAGUGUGUAUGCCAACACCUUUACCUUUAAAACUCAACUGGUUAUAAAAUAGCAACCUUAGAUACAAUGUAGCAAGCAUCGGCAGCUGUAGUACCCAAGUGGCCAUUGCUAGGGGGUGCUGUUUUGCAACUGCUUCUGAUACCCUGCUUCUGAUUGGUUGGGAAACCAGGUAACUGUCAGAAAUAACUGAUAGCUUGCUGAUUGGAGAUUGCCAGCCCAUGGAGAGGAUGAGGUCCUGCAGGAAAAAAUCCUUCCUGUUAUAAAUUAAAAAGAUCAUUGCAUUUCAAACUUGCCUUUGAACCAGCUGUCCUCCAAGCAGCUCCCAUGUGAAAUAAGCGGAUAUAUCUAUUUCUAUAUCUAUAAUGGCAAGGGAUAAAACCUCAACAGGGUGCUAAUUAGCUGUGCAAAAUUGGAAGUUGCAAGCUCUGAGAUCAGGUCUUUGCAGAGCCUGCUUGUCCUGUUUUUCACCAUGAAUGGCUGCUGUUUCGUAAGGGGAUCCUGCAAUGUGUGAUCCUUGACAAACUGCUUUGGGCAGCAUUAAGGAUGGGUCUCUGUGGGUCGCCCAGUCAGCCUUAUAAUCAAAAUAAAUGCCUAGGCAUUUAAACUACUUAUCUAGCUGAAUGGUGUCUCCACUUAUCACCCACUUAUAUGCUCUCCAUGUUGUUGUUUAGUCGUGUCCGACUCUUCGUGAGCCCAUGGGCCAUAGCACUCUCCAUAUAAGACCAUAAUUUCUAACUUCUCCAAAUUUAGUACAAGUUUGCUACCUUCACAGUAAGGUGGUCGCUCUCAAUCCAGUCCCCCCCCCCCCGAAGGUUUCAACUUGGUUUCUUAGUGCAGAGGAGCCUCGGAUUUAACUUAUUUCCUCUUCCAGAAAUGUAUGUGAACUCCCCUGGCUGGGUUGCCUGGCAAUGAGCCAUUCCAGAUCAGUCUGCCAAAACUCAUGUACAGUUUGGCAAGACCGACUCCAGAGUCAUUUAUAUAGGAGUCUUUAGAAUAUAAUGGGUCAGAGAAACGUUUAGGCAAGGGGUACACAGUGUCAAAUCCUAGCUCCCUCAGAAAUUCAAGAUUGCCCUUGCCCACGCUUGCAUUAAAAUCACCUGCCGUUAACAAGCCAAUGGUGUGGAAUUCCAGUUCUAAUUCCUCAAGAAAUAAAGUGAGUUGGUUCGAGUAGCCCAAUAGGGCAAGGAGGAAUAAAUACAUUAAGUAUGAUUAGGACUAAAUCUUAAAAACCCAGUAAGAAAUGCCUGGGCAAUGUCAUCCCAUGUCUGGAGGGGACUCACUUUAAAUUUAGUCUCCCUUGCACAAAUAAAGGUUAAUCCCACUUUCUAACGGGCCCAUGAUGUUCUAUUUGUGGGCUAAAAGGGAAUAUGAUUUUUAUCCCUCCAAACAGAUUUCCUAAUGAACCCACCUUUCUUCUAAUAAUAUGAUAUCAAAAGACUCGAUAACACCUUUUAUUAUUAUUAUUACUAGCUGGACCUUGCACGCGUUGCUGUGCCUCAGUUUGUUAAAUGGAGGGUCAGAGUCCCCCUUCAGACUCCCCUGACCGUCAGAGUCCCCCUGUUUUUUGUGUGUGUUAUGUUUAGAUAGGGGUAUCCCUGUGUCUCCCCCCCCACUUUGUAUUGACCCAUUAGAUAGCCCUGUCUCCUAUUCUGGUCCCACCCCCACCCCAGGCAGGGAAGGGUUGACCUAUCCAUGUCUCGUAUUAGGUCCCCCCACUAUAUCUGGGGACGGCCUUACCUAUCCCUGUCCCCUAUUUGGUCCCCCACAACCCAGGCAGGGAAGGGGUUACGUAUCCCUGUCCCCUAUUGCGGUCCCCCCCACCCCACCCAUGCAAGGACUUACCUAUCCCUGCCCCCUAUUUCCACCACCCCCACCUCAAUCAGGGAAGGACUUACCUAUCCAUGCCCCCUAUUUUGACCCCCACCCCACCCCAACCAGGGAAGGCUUUACUUAUCCCUGACCCCUAUUUGGGCUCCCCACCGAUUGAGGGUAAUAUGGAGGGGGUGGGGGUUUGGUGGGUGGUGUUGUAGAGCGAGGGUAAUAUGGAGGUGGUGUGGGGUGUCGAGGUGGGAUUUCUGUGUG